AUGUCGGACAACGCAAACACCCACGGCCUUCCGCUGUACGCCCUCGGGAGUUAUGGGAGUUCCGCAGCCAGCCGCCGGACGCCAUUGCAGACGGGGUUUAUCUCGGUAUGCCUUCAUAGGCCGUACCGUGAUACCAGGAUCUUUAGAAUUCCCAGACCCGAGAGCUUCGAAGAGCUCGAGUUAAUGGCCUGCCGAAAAUGUGGGGUUCUUGCCCAACCUCGUGAGUUGGUGGCGUGGAAUUGGGGGCGAUUCCGAGAUUCUCUAAGCAACUCCGCGACUACGCCUACGCUCAAGAUUUUCUGGCAGCCCAGCCGGGCAACUUUGCGCGAUCUGCGUGACACAACGGCACUUUAUUUGGUGCUCUUCUCAAUGAUUUCAAGCAUUUUGUGUGGUUCGAUCAAAAAGUCACACAACAUGUCGUGA